UAUUAGCAACUAGACACACAAUUUGUAUAACUAUGUCUUUAGCUGACCAAGAUUCAACAAAAACCUUUUGCCUGGACUCCUAUUAUGUUUCAGAAGAUCUGGGAUUCAUUCUGCAGGAGCCUUUGACAGAGCUCCCACCGUACUACCUGCCAUGGAUGGAUAUUGCCCUCCAUCUCCCAGAGCUGGUGCACUCCCGUGAGCUGCGCUCUCGUGUGAACAGGAUGCCACUGCUGAGCAGCCAGUAUCUGCAAACACACAGAGAGCUGCGGCUGGCCCACCUGGCUCUAGGCGCUACAACCAUGAGCUACGUCUGGCAGGAGGGAGAGGACAACACUGUCAAAGUCCUGCCACGGAACUUGGCUGUCCCAUACUGGGAGGUGUCACAGAGAUUAGGUCUUCCCCCUAUCUUUAUACACGCUGAUGCAGUCUUGGCAAACUGGAAAAAACGGGAUCCAGAAAGGCCUUUUGACAUGGAGAACUUGGAUUUGGUGGUCAGACUGCCAGGGGGAGACAGUUUGAGGGGUUUCUUUAUGGUCACUCUCUUGGUGGAGCUUGCUGCAAUUCCAGCACUUAAGAGCAUUCCUACAGUGUUCAGAGGAGUGAGCUGUGGGCACACUGAGGCUGUGGCUCAAGCUCUGCAGGACAUCAGCAAGUCUAUACACGACAUGACCGAGGCAUGCAAACUUAUGCAUGUGUAUGUCGAGCCUUCUGUUUUCUAUGGUGUUAUAAGGAUCUACUUGUCUGGUUGGAAGGACAAUCCCAGCAUGCCCAAUGGUCUAAUCUAUGAAGGAGUCCAGCCUGAGCCUCUGGAGUUUUCCGGAGGGAGUGCAGCACAGAGCAGCUUAUUACACUGUUUAGAUGAACUUUUAGGCAUCAAGCAUGAAGCCAAAGCUGGAGUCUUUCUCUCCCGUAUGAGGGACUACAUGCCCCCUGCUCACAAGCAAAUGAUCCAGGACAUCUCUAGGCAGCCAUCUUUAAGGAAUUUUGUACAAGAACAAUGUGAUGAAGAGCUAAACCAGGUCUUUCAGCUUUGUGUGACCAAGUUAAUUGAGUUUCGAAACUACCAUAUAAAUAUUGUGAGUCGCUAUAUAACGGUACCUGCUGCCCGUGCCCGCCAGCUACGCUAUGAGAAGAACACUAAAGAAGAACUGAUCCGCAAAGCACCCACGGCCCUGGAGGAGAGGGGCACCGGCGGCUCCAGCAUCAUGAGUUUUCUUAAGACAGUCCGGGACGAAACUAAACAGGUCUUCCUACCUGUCAACAAGAAUUAGGUUACUGUUCAAAUGACGUCUUUUGGACAGAGAAGCAUCAAGCUGCAUCUGGCUUUGUUCAAACCACAACUUAAUAGACUUGACAGACAGCCAUGACUUAGCCCAAACCAUAAUUCAAACCAUUUCUGUUACUUUCCAUUAAGUUUGACCACUAAUUUUAUCUUCAGGCUCAAAUGCAAUGAACAAAUGAUUACAAAAUGAGAGAAAAUUGCUCACUGUCUACGAAAGGCAAAUUCUUAACCUUGAAACGAUACAAGUUAUAGUCUGUAUUAUUCAUCUUGACUUUAAAGUGCUUUUAUACCGUUAUAUAAGUUGUAUAGCACAACCAAAGACCUUCAUAUUGUGAGGCAAGAUGCUAGAAAAAAAGCUAUUUUGUCAAUGCCUGUCUUCUACCAGUUUG